AUGAUAAAGCAGCGAAUAUUUGGAGGAAUUAGAAGCAUAACCAAAGGACAUCUGGUACGAUGUUUUUGCCUUGCUGUGGCCACACUGGCAAUUAUUGAGUUUCUUGUUUUAAACAUUUUUGUCAUCUCCUUAUAUCGUGUAAUCAGCCGUGAAUUGUCAGAAAUUUCAUCAUCUCAUGAAAGAGCAUCCUUUUUAGAUAAACUUCAGAACAAUAAAAAAAUUAACAACUUUCUUGCGGAUGCUAAAGCAGACGGCCUGUUUUUAUCAUUACUGCAAGAAACGGUUGAAAGGUUGUACAUUGUACAUAAUUUCGAGGAAAAUAACAGCUCACGGAAAAAAUCUUUACGUGAUAUGAAAGGGCGACAGAUGAAACGGCUGAGUUUUAUUGGUGUUGAUGUUUCCCACUCAAAGGAGGCCACGUAUAUUUACAAUAGAAUUAUGACCAAAUCAAAGUUUCCUUAUCACUUUAUGAUCGUGGAUAUCGGAGCAAAUGACGGAUUUAUAUCCAGUAAUUCUUUUAAUUUUAUCCAGUGGGGUUGGGAUGCAGUUCUUGUCGAGCCUCAGCCUUUAGAGCUACACAUUGCAGAAAGGAAUAUUAAGAUGUAUGUGGAUCGGUACAAUGAUGGAGAUCAGAUGGUCAAGUAUGUCCAGUCAGCAAUUGGCAGCACAGAUGGCAGUGUGGAUUUUGUCAUAACAAAAAACACCAUGGGUGCAGAAAGCCACAUAAAAUCCCAGCGACGAAUUAAUGAAGGUGACGUCAUCGUGCCAAUGCCCGUUAUGACAGUCAAAACUUUAGUGGCAGAAGUUGCUGUUCCCAAAAACUUUGGCAUUUUAUCAAUAGAUGCGGAGGGCUCAGGGUAUGAGAUUCUCAAACAGUGGAUAGCCCUUAACUUCCGACCUGCCUACAUCAUCUAUGAACAUUUGCACGCACAAGAACCCAAGAGCGCAGUAGCGGAUUAUCUCAAGGAGAAUGGUUACCAUUACCUGGGAACUCUAGGCUGGAAUAUGAUAUUUGAACAUUCCGAGCUGGCUGAAUCGUGA